UGAAACCAGGUCCCCUAGUCCACUCAGUUGUCGACCUUAGGGAUGUGUUGAACCUUGCACGGAGUUCCCUGAAGUCGAAGUCGCGGCGAGGUCCAACAUUGGACAAUUUUGACUAGCAAUGGCAGACGGCGUUGAGGCUCUCGAGUUAAAGGAGGCUGAAAAUGCAAGCUGGGCUAGAACGGUAAAGGAUUUGGCUGCUGGGGCGGCUGGAGGUAUUGCGCAAGUAUUACUAGGUCAACCAUUUGACAUUGUCAAGGUCCGCCUACAGACCUCAUCAAAAUAUCCCAACGCAAUAUCAUGCGCAUCAUCGAUCCUCAAGAAUGAAGGUCCGCUAGCAUUCUACAAGGGGACUUUGACACCUCUUAUCGGUAUCGGAGCGUGCGUCUCUGUACAAUUCGGGGCCUUUCACUACGCCCGUCGUGCUUUCGAGGAACGAAACCUCAAAGCUAACCCGGCGGGCUCUGCUGGGCUGUCAUAUGGCCAGUAUUACGCGGCCGGCGCUUUUGCUGGUCUCACCAACUCUGUCUUGUCUGGACCAAUCGAGCACGUGAGAAUCAGACUUCAGACACAGCCGCACGGAGCCGAUCGACUAUACAACGGCCCCCUCGAUUGCAUCAAGAAAUUGUCUGCCCAUGAAGGCGUCCUUCGGGGUCUGUAUCGUGGUCAGGCUGUUACGUAUUGGCGUGAAGCUCAGGCAUAUGGUGUCUGGUUUCUCACUUUCGAGUACCUCAUGGCGCAGGAUAUGAAGCGAAAUAACGUCAAGCGAUCCGAUAUCUCGUCGCCGAAAGUUGCAUUUUAUGGUGGCUUAGCUGGCGAGGCGUUGUGGAUUGCAAGCUAUCCGUUUGACGUUGUCAAGAGCAAGAUGCAAAGUGAUGGCUUUGGCAAGGAUCAAAAAUUCAAGACAAUGCGUGAUUGUUUCUCUCAGACAUGGAGAGCUGAGGGUAUUAGAGGGUUCUGGAAAGGUAUUGGGCCUACAUUGGCUAGAGCCAUGCCUGUUAGCGCCGGAACGUUUGCUGUUGUUGAGAUGACCAUGCGCGCUCUGGGCUGAUAGAAGAUGGUUCUGGACUAUAUUGCUUGUGGAACGGGGUAGUCGCCCUAUUUUGAUAUAGUCGCCCUAUUUUGAUAUAACGAGCUUACGGCAACCCGCUUGCAUAGGACUGGGUUCAGUAACGGUAGCGAAGGAAAUAUAUGCUCAGUACUGAUGGUGGUGCUAACGACGUUGUUC